AUGGCUACAUUGCAUGCUGCGCAUUGGGCCACCUCCCUCACUCCCUCCUCACUCCCUCCUGGUGUCCUCAAUGCAGCCGCUCGAAGUUUUUACAAUUGGGUGGGUUGCGCGGUUGGAGGUAGCAAUCACCCCGCUGUUUCCAUCGCACGCAACUCCCUUUCCCGCUUCUUUGGCGCCCCGACUUCGACCUUACUAGGCUCCGGGGGACUUCAGGUGGAUGCGCAGCAUGCAGCAUUGAUCAAUGGUAUCGCCUCGCACGUCCAUGAUUAUGAUGACACGCAUCUAGAAACCAUCAUUCAUCCGACGGGGCCUGUGGCGGCUGCCCUUCUGAGCAUCGCCCAGUCACUCGAUCGACCAGUAUCGGGCGCUGAAUUUCUCACUGCCCUUGCUGCCGGGAUUGAAAUCGAGUGCAAGAUUGGCCUAGCAGUCUGGCCGAGCCACUACGACGUGGGCUGGCAUAUUACUGGGUCCACGGGAUCCAUUGGGGCAGCCGUAGCGGUGUCGCGGCUCCUGAACCUCUCCCAAGAGAAGACAGCCCAUGCAAUUGGCAUUGCUGCCACUCAAGUAACUGGCCUUCGCGAAAUGUUUGGCUCGCAUACCAAAUCCUUCCAUCCGGGUCGGGCAGCCCAGAACGGACUUUUGGCCGCUAUACUGGCAUCAGACGGGUAUACCAGCUCCGUGCAGGCCUUGGAGGCCAAGCGAGGCUGGGUACAGGUCACCAGCCAUGAUAAUAGGCUUGAAGAACAGAUAGCCAGUUUGAAAGUAGGAAAUCUAUGGGAACUCGAGAAAAACACUUUCAAGCCCUUCCCGUGUGGUAUUGUCAAACAUCCGGUCAUCGAUGGUUGCAUCUGGCUGCAUGACGAGUUGCGCAGACGAGGAAUACCGCUAGAAGCUGUGAACAAGAUCCGAGUCACUGUUCAUCCAUUGGUGUUAGAAUUGACCGGCAAAACUCAACCCGUUGAUGGGCUGCAGGCAAAAUUCAGCGUUUAUCAUGGCGGGGCAGUCGCUCUGAUAUAUGGCAAGGUAACGCCAGCGCAAUACGAGGACGCAGUUGUAACCGAUCCCGAAACAAUCCGGAUGCGCGAGAGGAUUAUUGCUACAGUGGCGGAAAAUAUUCGCACGGACGAAUGUCAGAUUGUGGCCGAGCUUGGAGCGGGCGAUGAUACUAUUGUACGGCAUGUGGACCAUGCCGUUGGCAGUCUCGAUGCGCCGAUGACCGACAGUCAACUGAUGGAGAAAUUCACCGGCCAGUGCAUCCCCAUCCUAGGGUCAGAUCAGACAAGAAAGGCCAGUGACUGGUGCUGGAAUAUAGCGGCAAAGGACGACAUCCGAGAAAUUGGACGGUUCCUUUAG